AUGUAUCACAAAUUUAAGAUCUACCGCAAAAUUUUCAAGGCAUUGGGGUUGAAGACGAGAGUUCUAAUAGUAGUAAUCUUUACUUGCUUACUGGUUGUAAUAUUAUCAUUCUCAAACAACUUAAACAACCAACUUCUUGAUGCUACAACAAACGAUUCAAAGGUACUCGAUACGCCGAGGGAUACAUUGAUAGGAGGGCUUUUAACCGCGGAUUUUGAUGAAGCUUCUUGCUUAAGUAGGUAUCAGAAGUCUUCCUUGUACCGCAAGCCUUCUCCAUACAAGCCUUCUGAGUAUCUAGUCUCUAAGCUUAGAAGUUAUGAGAUGCUUCAUAGACGUUGCGGUCCAGACACAAAGGCUUACAAAGAAGCAACGGAGAGUCUUAAUCGCGAUGAGAAUUACGCGGACAAAUCAUUGAAUGGUGAAUGUAGAUACGUUGUGUGGAUGGCAGGUUAUGGGCUUGGGAACAGAAUGCUUACUUUAGCUUCUGUGUUCCUCUACGCUCUCUUGACAGAAAGAGUCAUUCUUGUUGACAACCGCAAAGAUGUUAGUGAUCUUUUAUGCGAGCCGUUCCCAGGUACUUCAUGGUUGCUUCCUCUUGAUUUUAAAUUGAUGAAGUAUCCUUAUGGUUAUGACUACAACAAGGAGUACCCUCGUUGUUAUGGAACAAUGUCGGAAAAUCAUUCGAUCAACUCGAGUUCCAUCCCGUCUUAUCUAUAUAUGCAUCUCCUUCAUGAUUCAAGGGAUAGUGAUAAGAUGUUCUUCUGCCAAAAGGAUCAAGAUUUGAUUGACAAAGUCCCUUGGUUGAUUGUUCAAGCCAAUGUUUACUUUGCUCCAUCUUUAUGGUUUAAUCCAACUUUCCAAACCGAACUAGUUAAGCUGUUCCCGGAGAAAGAAACCGUCUUUCACCAUUUGGCUCGGUACCUUUUUCACCCAACAAAUCAAGUUUGGGAUAUGGUCACUGAGUACUACAAUGCUCACUUAUCCAAAGCAGAGGAAAGACUCGGUAUUCAAAUACGAGUCUUUGGCAAUCCUGCUGGAUAUUUCAAACAUGUCAUGGACCAGAUCGUAGGCUGUACGCAAAGAGAGAAACUCUUGCCUGAACUGGACACACAAGAAGUCGAAAUAUCGAAAACCAAGAAACAUAAAGCUGUUCUUGUUGCAUCUCUCUAUCCAGAGUACUCUCAAAACUUAACCAAAAUGUAUUCGAACCGACCAACUUCGACAGGAGAGAUUGUUGAAGUUUAUCAGCCAAGUGGAGAAAGAGUUCAGCAAACAGACACAAAGAUACACGACCAAAAGGCGCUUGCCGAGAUGUAUCUGAUGAGCUCAACUGAUAAAAUUGUCACAAGUGCAAGGUCAACGUUCGGAUAUGUUUCUUAUAGUCUUGGAGGGUUAAAGCCAUGGUUACUAUAUCAACCAACAAACUUCACAACUCCUAAUCCGCCUUGUCUUCGAUCCACAUCGAUGGAGCCAUGUUUCCUUACGCCUCCGUCUCAUGGAUGUGAAGCUGACUGGGGAACUAACUCAGGGAAGAUUCUUCCUUUUGUUAGACACUGUGAGGAUAUUAUGUAUGGAGGACUUAAACUAUAUGAUGAAUUCUAAUUUCUUGUUUAUAUGGUUUUAUUGGAUCAUUGAGUUUUUAAAAUCAAA